AUGGAGUUGGUUCAGAUGCAGAAGAAUUUGCAAGAUUACACUAAAUCACUCUUCUUGGAAGGGAUUUUGGACAGCCAGUUCUUGCAGCUGCAACAACUACAAGAUGAAAGCAAUCCAGAUUUUGUUUCACAAGUUGUCUCUCUUUUCUUCCAAGAUUCUGAUAGGAUUCUCAAUGAUCUCUCACUUUCCCUAGAUCAGCAAGUUGUAGACUUCAAAAAAGUUGAUCCUCAUGUUCAUCAACUCAAAGGUAGCAGCUCCAGAUGUCAUAGAUAUUUGCAACAAGUGAAGCAAGAGUAUUAUCUUGUGAAGAACAGACUAGAGACUCUGUUCAAGAUGGAGCAACAGAUUGUAGCCUCUGGUGGGAUGAUCCCAGCCAUGGAAGUGGGAUUUUGA